UUAUGUACUUGAAAUCUUAGGUUUUUAAUUGGUUUAUUAGAUCGAUUUUCUAAUCAAUGAAUCGAAUUAAACUUCCUUCUAGCUAUGGCAUAUCGUUUAUAACGUGUUAACUUCUUUUCUGAUAUUUCUAACAAAAUGAUUAUCAUACUUCUAGUAUUUCUGCUUAAAACAGUGACUUCGGAGUACCUCCACUAUGACUGCUAUGGAUCUGGUUUGAUGGACGCCAACUGUUCAGUCACACAACAGAUAUAUCCCGUGGGGGUCAAGGUCGGGACAAAGGAGGCCAUGUUGAAUUGCUCCAAGGAAUAUACACCAGACCUUAACUGGACCAUGACUCAGUUUGAUCAGUGCUGUAAGCCAGAUCCUGGUGAUUUGUGUUAUGGGGACUAUGUUAAUGUCGGAGACCCGCUAAAUACGUUCAUAUUUUACGAUUAUUGCAUUGGAAGAAGCUCAUGCCGAAUUCUUCAAGUACAACGAGUGGAUACUUUAUACCUAGGUUGUGACCAAACGCUAUAUUAUCCACAAACAACGUUUAUGGCACUUGAAUAUGACUGCAUUGAUGAAUCAAAGAUUCUGAUAUUAAACACCAUUGAAGAUGUGUCAUCAGACCCCGGUGGUAGUGUUUAUUUGCAGGGACAUGACUAUCGGGUUCCUGGCAUUUCAUCUGCCAUUACAAUGUCAGCGUGUUCAAUCGAGGCCCCUUCCUGUGACAGCACCAUUACAAUAGAAGUUUUGGACCUUCGUUUGGCCGCUGAUGGUUCUGAUUGCAAACAGUCAAUCACCAUAAUUGACGGAUACCGUUACACAAAUUUAUCUUGUAUAAACAAUAUCAAUUUUACUAGGUUCACCGUGGCUUCUGAGUACAACUAUCUGAACGUUACUUUUUACAAUUCUAUGACGUCCAGUGGGGGUCAUUUUUGGUUUGGAUUUAGAGGUGCACAUUCGGAUGUUAUACGUAUAGACUGUCCAGCAAAACCUCCUGUAACUGACUGUAAUUUUACAACAACAACAACAACAUCAACAUCUACAACCACUGAGUUAGACACGAGUACUACCGAAUCAGAAACAACAAGUACAGUAUCAGUUACUAACAGUACCCAGCUAUUCACUGGAACAGUAUCUAAUCCUGCUCCUCCCCAAGAUGAUACAGAAAAUAAAGAUAUUAUCUACAUAACGGUGGGAAUAGUUCUGGCUGUAUUGAUGAUGCUUAUACUGAUAGCGUGUCACUGUUUCAAUAAAAAGAGAAAAGGCAAAAUAAAUCCACAGAAUAAUACUCAAAACGAGAUACAAAAAAGCACGGACGUAGAAAAGUCCCUUUAUCAGGAAGAGUAUGAAAAUAGAAAUCAAUCAGAGCCUGAAAUAGAUACAUGUGAUAUGGCAAAUGAAUCUAAACACAAGGAGAAGAAGAAGAAAAUGAAGAAGAACAAGAAGAAACUUGCCAAAAAGAAUAAAGAAAAAAAGCAUUCAUCAGAAAACGUGGAUGAAAAUGAAAAUGCACCACAAAAUGAAGUUGUAGACAUAGGUUUAUCUGCAUCAACCUCGACUGAUAUCGUGAAUCACACCCAGCACCGUAAAAACAAACAUAAAAAGAAAAGGCAAAAAGAAAAACAUUCCAAACACGAAGAAAAUUCUGAUAUUGUCUACGCAAAUUUCGGAGAGAAUAUUAACAUGCCCCAAACCGAUGAUCUUGAAGCUAAUGAAUACAGGCCAACCUCCUCGGUAGAUGUCCCUGAUGAGCUCACGGAAUCAAAAUCACGUGAUGUGAUGAAGAAAAAGAAGAGGAAGAAGAAAAAUGAAUUGAAUCUCGAUGAAGAAACUGUAGAGGAAGAAAGGCAAAGAAAAGUCAAAAAGAAAAAGAAGAAACAUCGACGUGAAUUGAAUGAAACGAAUGACGGGCAUACCAUUACAACUAACGAUAUUCAAAAAUAG